GAAAAACGGCAUAACACGAGCAGUAGUAGUAUUUAUUACGAAUGGCGCGCGAGUUCGUUAAAGCUAAUAAUUUUCGUGGACGUCAAUGCGAUAAUCGGUAAGGAAAAAAAUGCAGUGGUUGGUGACUUUUCAACACGGACCGAGGAAAUAUUAGUCCGUCAGAUACCAGCUAAACUGCCAACGCCAUGCCGGGAAAAGGAAAAAAAGCUGGAGGAAGCAAGAAAAGCGCCGGCAAAAAUGGGAACGGAGCAGCCACCGAUGGCAAGAGCAGCGGUGCCGGCAGCAAAUCCAAGAGCUCGAAAAAAACGUCACGCGGCUCGAGACGAGGCGGCGGCAAGGCUCGCUUCGCCAUGGACAUCUUCAACGAGGAAGCGAUGGAAAAUGCCUACUACACCUGCCACAACAUCAUGGACGUUUUGUAUUGUCGAGGUUUUCCCUGGCCCGACGCGCAGAAAAAGAAACGCAAGGGCAAGAAAUAAUUGCCUGAAAUUAUCAUACCAUCACUCCUAUAAUUAUUAUUAAUAAUUUA